CGUCAACUUCACCUGCACGUUGCGAUAAAAAAAAGACAUAUUAAGAUCACCCUGUGAUAUUAAGGAAAGAUUGGCACCACGAGCAAGCUCUUAAUCGAAAAGAAGGACAGGCAAGGGCCAAAAAAAAAAAAAAAAAAAAAAAACAAAGGCAUGACAACAUCAACCCCCACCACACCACCAGACCCCUACGAGCAACCCACUCCCCGACCCCCACGGACCGCCACGCACGCGGCCGCCGUGCGGCUCCGGAAUCGACGCCGCGCCUACCUGGCCCGGCACCCGUCGUACCUGAGCUCGCCGGACCACGAGCUCGCCGACCCGCUGCUGUACGACUCGCUGGUGCGGCGCUUCCAGACGCCCGCCGAGCGCGAGGCCGACGGCCGCGCCAGGGGCUACGGCCGUGUGCUCGAGACGUCGCUGCUGCGCGGCGAGGCCAAGCUCGAGAGGCUGGCCGCCAGCUACGUCGACGGGCCCGCACCGCCGCCGGGGUUGAUAGGUAGUGGUAGUGGCGGUAGUGCGACGGCGGCGGCGGAGGCAUCGGCAGCAGCUCCGACGAAUGGGGCAGCCGCGGGUGCGGAGAAUGGCCGAGGCAGGGAGACCAACUUUGCCAUGACGCAGGAUCUCAUACCAGAUCCCAAGGAUGCCGAGGCGGGGCGUGAACAGUGGUUCGAGUUUCUGCGAGAUCGCUUUGUCAGUGGUGGCGACGACGAGUUUGACUAUUCAACGGUGGACGAGAAUGAAGAUUAUGAUGAAAUUGAGCGACAAGAUGCCGAGGAUGCAUGGUUCGACAAUGAGGUGCCACAGUGGGACGAUGACGGCGAUGAUGCGAAUGACCCUGCCGGCGGCGGAACGAGACCCCGUGAACUAAAAGGGGAGACUGGAAUUCAAGACUUUUAAUCCUAAAGUCCAACGAGUAAAAGGUUUUUCUACUAGCAAAAAUAGAAGUUGACCGAACCAAACCAAUGCAAAAUAAAUCAAAAUAAAACAUGCCGCCAAACCGAGAUAACGGAAUCACAUCGUUCUCGACCAUUCCCCCAAACGAAAACCCCAAGCGCCAUAACUAUGCAAUUUCUUCUCACAGCCUCAUCAAAUCGCGCAGGGCGUGGAUCACAUAGAAAUCGGGGGCACCAUCUAAGCGACCUCCGACAUGGGAGUUGGAACUUCCAGGACGUCACCACCGCCAUCCAUAUCCAUGCCCGCCGCAUCUUCAUCCUUUUCCUCCACAGGAGUGCCAGCAACCGUCGCAGGCGCUGAAGCCGGUACGUUGGUCGCGACCUUGAGGUCGAUAUCAGGGCUCAUGCCGUCCUUCUCCAUCAGGGCGGCUAGACGUGCUGCUCUUCCUUCCUUCUUCCGCGGCACAGGCGCGCGCCCAUUUUCCUGGACAUAGAACUGCCGCAGUAAUGUCACGGCUUCAUCGCGACCCCAACCUCCCUCGGCCUCAUAGCCGUUCUCGACGUUGCCACCGUCCCCUUCAUAGUGGCUUGUGGGCGCAUCGGCUGCCGGCUUGGGAUUGAUCGCCCAUUUCUGGUUUGCUUGUGCGUGCUCUCCCAUCUGGUACAUGGAGCGAACCGGACCAGGAGACGAAGCCGACGAGGGAGGUGUCAUAACUCCAGUCGAGGACACCGAAGACGAUGUGGGUUGGAGAUACUGCUGUUGGCCAGCAGAUGAUCCGGCGUGUUGGGUGGGUGGCGCAGUGUCAUCAUCGAGAGCAUUUAUACUAUACCUGCUGCCAUCUCGAUUGACGCGCAUGAGCCGACCGCCCAUAACCCUUCGUGUUGGCUGUGACGGAGUAUCUUUGACCGAGGUGGAAUUUUUAUGGAUGCGGAACACGCCGCCAGUGCCACCAAACUUGUCAUUGACAGCGCCAAAGUAAACCUUCUUGAUUUUCAGCUGCUUCAGUAGCGAGGCACACAUGACACAUGGCUCGACCGUCACAUACAGGGUGCUCUCCUGGACAAUAGAUGCCGUGACAUGAGGCGAAGGGUGUAGCUUCUGGCCGUAGGGAUACAAGUAGCUCUUGGUGACGUCGACAGCGUCCCACUCGCCAGGGUCGUCAACCUCAUGCUUGCAGCUAGGAUGUGAAGGUGGCGGUGCAUCGGGCUUAGUGCCGAAGAGAGAGGAGAGUGCCAUGUAUUCUGCGUGCCUGGUGCCGUUCCGUGUGAUGUUGGUUGCGUUCAUGCCUCUGGCAAUGACACGUCCUCUGUAGACCAGAACGCAGCCGACCGGCGUCUCGUUUGUUUUGAGAGCAAGGCGAGCCUAUGGUGAGAAGGAAGUCAGCAUCGAGAAAUGCUUAAGCAGCUAGUGCAGUUGGACUGUCUCCGACUUCCAAAUAUGGAUAAGCAAUAAAAAUAACCCGAUGACGGUGAGCGUGUCAAACUGAGCCCAAAGUGACAUGCAGGAUGGGUAGUACAAAAGUGGUACCGGGUUGGGCAUGGCCAGCUUGCCGGUACGUGUUGGUGUGACAUUGAGGCCUGCAUGACAAGAUAAAGACAUCAAAGAAGAAGGCAGAGGAAAAGGUGCAUACAUACCAUAUCAAGAGCUUCUUCAAUAAAGCCCUGGUGAAUGGCUCGCUCGGCCUUGCGGGCUGGAUCCUCAUCCUCCUCCUCAAAGAUGCCAACCGACUUCAGUGGCGCUCCGGCCGGCACUACAGGCACGAGUGGGACGACGGUUGAUUUAACAGGCGGAAACACGGGUGCGGCGGCGUCCCGUAUGGUAAGGUUGGCAACCGCAUGAUUGAGUCUGGGGUUGACAUUCUCCUUGGUCUGCCGAUCGUUGAUGUUGCUGGCGCCGGGUCCUCGAUUCUCCAUCUUUGCUUCUUGAUCCUCAUCCAAAAGAGCUUUAGGCUUUGGUAUGCGGCGGAAAAAGAUAUUGUAGAUGGUAAUGAAGAAGUUGGCGAAUGGGCUAAACAGCCAACGGAAGAACUUGGUGAAUCGAGACUUUGCUGGCGGGCUGUUCUGAGCUCGGGGUGAUUUUGGAGGUGGAGACGACGACUUUCUCAAUGCCUGGUGGCCGUCUUUUUGAUCAGAACUGGGGAGGUCUUGCCGUGACGUUGAUAGACGACGCGUGCUAGGGACCUGACCGUGACUGCUCCCACUCCCACUGCCACUCCCACUGCCGGUGCCAUUUGCGGAAAGCAUCUGCCCGUCACUCCUUCCGCCGCCCGGGGAAUCAGGUCUGAGCGACAUUUUGAUACCAGCAACGGUUUGAGCGUUGAGAAUCCAAGGCCCGUUCUUCUUCCCUGAUGCUCACUCCUGCUCCUCCUUUUAAGAACCCCCUCGUACGCACCACCUGUUUGUUUCCUUUUCAAAUUUGUCCUCUUUGUCCCUCACUUCUUUCGACACACUUCCACUAGACUCCUCCUUUGCUUGAUCACUAUAGGAAGCAAUAGUUCCGAGUAUAGACAAGGCGCAAAUGGAAUCAAGCGUAAUCCCUAAGCCCCAUCAAACGGUGCCUUUAGGUGGGCAAGAGAACAAACGGGGGAUGUAACUCCCGGUGCCACUUCCAGUCGGCGCGGAGCAGCUGCACGCACGCACACAGCAAAUGCGCAAUGCCGCUCCCGCACAACCACAAGCAGCAAAAAAAAAAAAAAAAAGAAUUCAAACUCUC